AUGGCAGCUGCUACUUCCAUGCCUGGCAAGCGGCCAGAGCUCACCCCAAGAAUGAGUGCCAAAGUGUUCGGGGAGUGCUACUGGGAGGUCAAGGAGUUGGCUGCGUUCUGCUGCUCUCAGGGUCUGCCCGCCAGCGGGCUGAAGGCUGACCUUACCAAGCGGGUGAAGGACUUCCUGGGCGGCAAGUGCCCUGAAAGGGUCUCAAAGGUUACGAAGGCCGACCGCGACAGCGUUGUGGCCGGCGGCCUGAAGCUGAGCACCCCAGACUUCCGCUUCAACGAGUAUCUUCGCAGCUUUGCAAAGGGAACGCAAGAGGGCCUGACGUACAGAGAUCUGGUGGAAGGCUGGAAGGAUGCUGAGCAGAAGCGACGAGAAGGCAAGCAAGAGAUCGGGAAGCAGUUUGAAUACAACCAAUUCACGCGGGACUUCUUUGCCGCCAACCCCGGAGCUUCUCGUGCUGACAUGAUGGAGGCCUGGAGAACCGUCCGCAGUUAUCAGGGGCCAAACACCUACAAGGAGUUCCGCAAGUUGUCCAAGUGA